AGUUAUUUGUGUGAUCGAUGUGUAUCUUGGGUUUUUUGUUAGAUUUAGAAUUCAUUUCGCUUUUAACUUUCACGACGAGAAGAUUGAAAGACUAUAGUUAUUUUUUGGUGCAGGGAUCAAUAAUGCUGGCGGACAAUUAAAAUGAAUCCCGGUAUUUGUUGUAUCCUGCUCUUCUGUAUGUAUGGCCUGGCUUCAGCAACAGACAUUGUGUACCACUUGCUUGAAGAGCAACCGCCACGGACAUUUGUUGGAAACGUUGCAGACGACACAAAUUUAAGAUCAACAUUAAAUGAAAGUGAUUUUAACAGACUUCAAUUCGAAAUAUUAAAAGAGGGAAGCAAAUACGCUGACUGGUUCACAAUCGACAUUAAAAGGGGCCAGUUGGAGACUAGUGAAGUAAUAGAUCGCGAGAAUGUAUGCACUUCCCCUCAGUCUUGCAUUCUAGGAUUAGAUAUUGCAAUUUACCAAGAAGAUAAAGUUAAUUCACUCAUUUUAGAUUUAUACCAAGCCUUUCGUUUACAAAUUAUUUUAGACGAUUUGAAUGAUAAUGAUCCAUCGUUUCCGAAGUCCGAACUUAGUUUGACUGUUCCGGAAUCUUCCGAGAUUGGGUAUGUUCUGUUCAUAAGCUCAGCGGACGAUCCAGACAGUGGUGAAAAUAAUGGUGUUUCUACUUAUGAACUCAUAGCAGACGACGAUACUUUUACUCUGCAGACACCAGGAGUCGAUGGCGGGAAUCUUGGCAUUGUUGUUAAUAAAAACAUUGAUCGAGAAACGCAAAAGUUUUACCGUUUUCGAGUGGUUGCUAAGGACGGUGGAAUCCCAAUCCGAAGCGGUAGUGUAAUGAUAAAUGUUACUGUGCUGGAUACAAACGAUAAUUCUCCGAUCUUUGAACGUCUAGAAUACGCCGUGUCUUUCCCCGAAAAUACCCCCGUUGGAACGACUGUACUGAAAGUAACGGCAGAUGACGAUGAUAUUGGGGAAAAUGGCGAAGUCUUGUAUAGAUUUAGCGCAAGGGCUUCAGAUAAGGUAAAAAACAUUUUCGACGUUAAUGAUAUAUCGGGUGAAAUAAAAUUGAAAAAAGACAUUGAUUAUGAAAAAGACAAGUCUUUUCAGUUCACCGUUGAGGCAUAUGAUAAAGGAGCAUCUUCCAAUAAAGCCCAGUCAAUUGUUACAGUUACUAUUACUGAUGAAAACGACAAUUCACCGGAAAUACAUAUCAAUAUACCACCAAGUGGCUCUGAAAUUCCUGAACCAGCUGAAGUUGGUCGAUACAUCGCUUACGUCGAAGCACAAGAUCCCGAUAGCGGCGAAAACGGCACUGUGACGUGUACUAUUAACAGCGAUUAUUUCAGACUAGAAUCUAUUAAUACUGGGAUGUAUAAAGUCAAGCUGAACCGUUUGCUUGACAGGGAAACAGUUCCAGUUCAUAACAUAAACAUUAUAUGCUCUGAUAAUGGGAAACCAAAGCGAUCUAACACCACCAUGCUAUCAAUUCGUGUAUUAGAUAUCAAUGAUAAGUUUCCGGUGUUCAAUCAAUCACAUUACGAUAUAAAUGUCCAUGAAAACAAUAAAAUUGGCGAUGUUAUUGGCAUGGUAACUGCGACUGAUGAAGAUAUCGGUGAGCAUGCGCGUCUCGCAUACCAUAUAGAACACGAUUUUGAUGAAGAGUAUUUUAAAAUCGAUCAAAAUACGGGUCUUCUCAGUGUAAAUAGUGUUUUUGACAGAGAGGAACGAUCCUUUUACGAGUUCAAAGUUAUAGCAAAAGAUUCCGGACAGAUUAUUCAUAGCUCUUCCGCAACUGUUCGCGUUCGAAUUGUCGACAAAAAUGAUGGCACGCCGACGUUUACGGAAGAUCGUUAUAUUUUCUACGUUGAAGAAGGAACGCAGUUUGGAACGGAAGUUGGUAAUGUUACCGUGGUAGAUCACGAUACUGGAGCUAACGGCGAAGUUUCUUUCUUGCAGGAUUUUCCAUACUCUAAUGUUUUUGUAAUUGAUUCAGCAACUGGGAAAAUAACAACAAAAAAUAUCAUUGACCGCGAGACUAAUGCAAGUUAUAUUUUCGACCUGACCGCACAAGACAAAGGAAACCCUGCACUACAAAGUACGACAAGAAUAGAAAUCUAUGUCAAAGAUGUCAACGAUAAUUUCCCGUUAACAAGUUUCCCUACAAAUCUAAAUAACACUGUAUCUGUACCGCAGACAACCACAAUUGGAACCAUCAUCGCAAGAAUCAGCGCAACGGACUUAGACGAAGGCGUAAACGCUCAGCUGACGUAUCAUAUUAUGCAGGGUGACCAACGUGGAAUAUUUAGAAUAAACAAUCUGACAGGUGCGAUGAUAGUCAAUAAACAUAUCGAUGAAAGCGACGCUGGAACAUAUAAAUUGCUGAUUGCAGUACAGGAUAAUGGCAUACCACAACGUACCACUAGGACAUACCUCGUUCUGAUUAUUCAGGAUGACAAUGGCCGACAGAACAUGAUCAUUGCCAUUGCCGUGGCAACCGUUACUUUUGCUUUAUCAGUGGCGAUGAUUUUGACUAUUUUUGUUAUCCGACGACGAGAUGUAAUGAGAAAGAAACAGAAGGAACUUGAAGUCAAAUCUGACAAACAGAACGUCGUUGUCGGAUGGUUGAAAUGUCUGUCAACAUCGCCAAAAGAUAUUCCGAAAAUGAGCAUGGGUGAAAAGGUCAAGGACACAAAUAAACAGAUGGACUAUAAGACUGGUACUGAUAUGCAGCUAAUGGUUCCAGACACCGGAAGUACGUCUUCAGAAGACAGCAAAUCAAUCGGGCCUGGGUCCAAUCAAAAUUUAACAAAGAUUGACAACAACCUGAACGAAAAGAAGGAAGAAAUGUCACCCAGAGAGCAGGACAGUGGGUUUGGUGAGAGCCUGGAAAGACGGGGAUUGCAAGAAAUGAAAGGAGGAUUUCAUGAUGAAACACAGCGGUCGAAAACAUCAUAUUUAGACAGCAGAGGCGUACGGAUUCCCUCCCCUUACUUAGAUACCUCACUUCCGAACCGAUGUUGGAAGAAAAACGACAGGCAGACAUAUAAUCGAACCAUAAGUUUCGAUGAAGAAGUUUUACGCGAGAGAGAACGAGAUAAAUCAAAUUUGCCUUCUUUUUCAAGUUUUAAUUGUCGGUCUAUAUCCGAUUCAGGACAAAAUUCAAACUUGUUCACUAUAUCAGAACAAAAACAACCUUAUGGAUACCACAGCUUACAAAGGAAUCCACCAAACAGUAAUAAAUCAUUGAAUUCAAAGUACUCUUUCAGAAAUCCACCGCGGAGGGAUUUGCCACCGAUAAGUGCAACACCUGAACCGGAAGUUAUAGAAACUUGUGACUUUGAGCCAUAUUCAUAUGGCAACAAACCAUACUCGUUAGACAGACAUUCUUUUUCAGAUAAUCAUAUAAACAUUCAUUCUGAUAUUUAUUCUCAAAGUCCACGAUCAGAAAUAUAUACUCAGAGUCCAAGACCUUAUAGUCCGAGGUCAGACAUCUAUGUGCAAAGUUCAAGAUCAGACACAUAUGUGCCGCUUUCAGGAUUAGAUACAUAUGUAGAAAGUCCUAGGUCUGACACAUAUGCUAAUAAUUCGAGACUUAAUACUCAUGCAAACUCCCAUGCCAGAGAUGGAAUCAUUUUGGGCAAAAUUGACAAUAAUGAUAUCGUUGUAUAGUUACUAUAACAAUGAAAUUUCAACACAACGAAAAUUGUUGAAGAAAAAAAGUGCUACAUAAAUGUGAUAUUUUCAAAGCGAUGACUGAUCUCAGUGACUUUAAUGUAAUGAUACAUUUAGUUUAAAAAUACCAUUGGCAGAUCAUUUUCUGCGUACAUAUGUGUUCGUGUGGUUUAGCUUUUUGUUGCUCAUUGUUCAGGGAAUUUUAACAUCUCCUCAUUCUUUUUAGAGAUUAUAUUUUCAAAACUAGAAAAAAAAUCGAUAACAAUUUGGAUUGAUCCCCUUUAAAAAUUUCAAAACCCGGCAACAAAGUUAAGUAAAUUUCCAGUUUUAUAUUUAUUGACAUAUUCAAUCUUGCCCGAUUGACAAUACUUGAUAGAUCUGCUGUCAAUCAAUCUCAAUCAACAUAAUCUUAUACGAGGGGGAUACAAGCUAUUGUAAUGUGGGAUAUAUGGUAAAAAAAAGUAUAUAUGUAGGAUAAAGGGGCAAGAAAAUUGUGUAAUCUGGAAAAAAGAAUGAAAAAAAAAUAGGAAGUUGGAAAAAAAAAAUACAAAAAAGCGGGAUUUAGGAAAUGAGCACCUCCGUAUCACCCCCUCUCAUAUACUAACAUUCUCUUGAGAAUUAUGAAUUGUCAAUGGUAUUCUUGGACGUAAUAUUUAGUUUUGUGUGCCAAAGGUUUUAUUUGUACUUGAAAUUUAGAUUUUACUUGUUUUUGUCUUUGUAUAGUUUUUGAUGGCUGGAAGAAUAUAUGUGUAUAUUUAUAUAAUACGGUUGCAUGGAUGAGUGCAUGGUUAAACAGAAUAAAUUCGGGAGUAAAUGUGUUUUAUGCGUGCGCAUGAUUUUUAGUUAGGUGAUGGGAGAAUAUUUCUAGCUCAUUUUUUAAAGGUACAAAUGAAAUUAGAAGAAAGAUAAAAAUGCAGUGCAACUAUAUUUAUAUGUGUCGUUUAUGGCAGAUCUGUAACCUAUGCGUCGUAUCUCUAAUACGGGUAGUUAUGAAAAAAUCAUAUUUGGUGGUGUCAUGACGCAAGCUAAUUUCGCUGCCUUUCAUA